UCUUCUUCCUCUUACCCCCCAUCCUUCUCCUUAUUUACAAGUUGGGAAAAAAAAAUAAAAAUGAAGAACUCAAUAAUAGCACUACUGCUGCUGGUGCUACUGUGCGCCGUUUCGAACAUUUCCUUAGCUGUUAUUGAUGGAUUGUUAAAGAAUGGAAACUUCGAAAUGCCCCCAUCGAAAGCUGACCUAAACGGCACAGUGGUUCUAAAGCCCAAUGCCAUACCGGAAUGGUCAAUCUCCGGGUUCGUAGAGUACGUAAAAGCUGGCCAAAAACAAGGUGACAUGCUUCUAGUCGUGCCAGAGGGCUAUGCCGCAGUUCGUCUAGGGAAUGAAGCAUCGAUCAAGCAAGUAUUGAACGUUACAAAAGGAAUGUACUAUUCCUUAACGUUCAGUGCUGCUAGAACAUGUGCUCAAGAGGAACGUAUCAACGCAUCUGUUACACCCGAUUUUGGAGUAUUGCCUAUCCAAACAUUGUAUAGUAGUAGUGGUUGGGACUCAUAUGCUUGGGCAUUUCAAGCUGAACUUCACCAAGUUGAUAUAUUGCUUCAUAAUCCAGGCGUUGAGGAAGAUCCUGCUUGUGGUCCUCUCAUCGAUUCGAUUGCCAUUCGCACUUUAUAUCCUCCUAAGGCCACGAAUCAGAAUUUGUUGAAAAAUGGAGAUUUUGAAGAGGGUCCAUACAUAUUCCCAAACACAAGUUGGGGAGUGCUUGUACCACCAAACAUUGAAGAUGACCAUUCCCCAUUGCCAGCAUGGAUGGUUGAGUCCCUAAAGGCAGUAAAAUACUUAGAUUCUGACCAUUUUUCAGUGCCACAUGGCAAGAGAGCCAUAGAACUUGUUGCUGGUAAAGAAAGUGCCAUUGCACAAGUUGCAAGAACCACUAUUGGCAAAAUCUAUCAACUUAGUUUCAAAGUUGGAGAUGCAAGCAAUGCUUGUGAAGGUUCCAUGAUUGUUGAGGCCUUUGCCGGAAGGGACACACUUAAAGUCCCUUAUGAGUCGAAGGGGAAAGGUGGAUAUAAGCGUGCUAUACUCCGUUUCAAGGCCACUGCAAGCCGGACUAGGAUCAUGUUCCUUAGUACCUACUAUCACACGAGGAGUGAUGAUUUUGUUUCCCUGUGUGGCCCUGUGGUCGAUGAUGUGACACUCUUGAGCGUCAGGACCCAUCGUCGAGUCCUCUAAGGCGUGUAUUUUGAUGAAAUACGGUGAAUUUAAUGAGUAAAUUUGAUUGUAAUGAAGCAAAAGAAGUUGGGAGUUGUAUUUUAUCUUACUUUGGCUUGUUUACUACUAGUAGUGUUUAUCUUAUGUGUACUAUACUAAUGUCUAAUGAAAGGCAAAGAAGUAUAUAUCAUAUAUAUUUUGAUUGGUGUUGAGUGGUUUAUGUGUUACUUUGACUUUGGGAGUACUCAAAGUAGUUUGAGUAAAUGAUUAUUGUAACACUAGCAAUUCAAGGAACCAUUGUCUUUUUAGCCAAUAAAAAUGGUACGGCUUGGAUGAA